CUCAGCCAGCCACAUGAGAGCGAGAGAGAGAAACAGCACCGAAACUCUCUCUACCUACGUAACUACCUUUCCCACACUCUUCAGGACAUGCAUGACUAUAAAAGCCCAUAAACCCGCCGUCUUCUCCACCCGUCUCAGCUUUCCUCCCCCUACUACCCGUACAAACCGCCAUUUCUCCCUCUCUCUCCAACAGCAACCGUAACAACCACGACUUCAUUGUCUUUGAUCAUUUCAUCGUCGGAGAGAAGAAGGAAAACAGAAGAAAGAAAAACAAAAGCACUUCAAAAUCAAAUAGAAAUUUCAAAAAAGAAGACAACCCAUUUCACAAUUUUCAGUUCUUUCAGCAAUGUUGAGGUCACGAUGCGGCGCAGUUCUUCUCAAGUUCCUUUGCUUGGUAGUUCUUUCUGCGACUGCAUUAGCCCACAAGAAAGUGACCAAGGGCGUGACUUAUGACGGAAGGUCAUUGAUCAUUAACGGACGAAGGGAGCUUCUCUUCUCAGGUUCCGUUCAUUAUCCACGUAGCACUCCUGAGACAUGGCCACAAAUCAUUGCAAAAGCAAAGCAUGGAGGGCUCAACGUCAUCCAGACCUACGUCUUCUGGAAUGUUCAUGAGCCUGUUCAAGGCCAGUUCAAUUUUGUUGGAAGGAAUGAUCUGGUGAAAUUCAUCAAGACGGUAUGGCAGCAAGGCUUGUAUGUGACCCUCAGGAUCGGUCCCUUCAUCGAGGCUGAAUGGAACUUUGGAGGAUUCCCUUACUGGCUAAAAGAGGUGGAGAACAUUACCUUCCGUACCGAUAAUCCACCAUUCAAGUAUCAUAUGGAGAAGUUUACAAAGAUGAUUGUGAACAUGAUGAAGAGAGAGAAGUUAUAUGCAUCUCAGGGCGGUCCUAUUAUCCUAUCACAGAUCGAAAAUGAAUAUAACAUGAUCGAGCUUGCAUUUAAGGAGAAGGGAAAAUCUUAUGUUCAAUGGGCCGGAAACAUGGCGGUUGGGCUAAAGACAGGAGUGCCAUGGGUGAUGUGUAAGCAAAAUGAUGCCCCUGAUCCAGUGGUCAGUCUACUAUCUUCACCUUCUUUCUUACAAGGUACAAACAAUCAGAGGGUUCUAUGGCCUAAAAAUGUUUUUUUUCCUUUUUUCUUUGUGAGUGUGAAGAUCAACUCAUGCAAUGGAAGGAACUGUGGAGAUACUUUUGUUGGCCCGAAUCGACCAAAUAAGCCUGUGUUAUGGACUGAGAACUGGACUGCUCAGUACAGAGUGUUUGGUGACCCACCAUCUCAGAGAUCAGCUGAAGAUCUUGCAUUCUCAGUUGCUCGCUUCUUCUCCAAGAAUGGCACGCUCGUAAACUACUACAUGUAUCAUGGUGGAACGAACUUUGGCAGAACAGCUUCCUCAUUUGUAACAACUCGCUAUUAUGAUGAAGCUCCUCUCGACGAAUAUGGUUUUCAGAAGGAACCCAAGUGGGGUCACCUCAGGGACUUGCACUCUGCUCUGAGACUUUGCAGGAAGGCUUUGCUUUGGGGGCUUCCCACUGUUCACACAAUGGGGAAGGAUCUAGAGGCCCUUGUUUAUGAGAAGCCAGGAACUAGUGUGUGUGCUGCCUUCCUCACCAACAAUGAUACUAGAGUAGCUGCAACUGCAACUUUCAGAGGUGUUGAAUUUUAUCUACCCUCGCGGUCGAUCAGUAUUCUCCCUGAUUGCAAGACUCUGGUCUUCAACACUCAAAGGAUAACUUCACAACACAAUGCAAGGGGCUAUCAUCCAGUGAAGGAAUCUCACAGGGAUAGGGAGUGGAAAAUGCAUCAAGAGAAGAUCCCAAGAAUCAGCGACACUUAUAUUAGAUCAAUGGCCCCAUUAGAACUCAUGAACUUGACUAAGGAUAGAACAGAUUACCUCUGGUAUACCACAAGUUUGGAGCUGGAGAGAGGCGACUUACCUAUGCGGCAUGACAUUAGUCCAGUAAUUGAGGUCGCAUCACUUGGACAUGUGAUGCACGCAUUUAUAAAUAAUAUUUAUGUUGGAUCAGGGCAUGGAGAUAAAAUAGAAAAAAGCUUUGCAUUCAAGAAAGCCAUAAAUCUAAAAGCUGGAACCAAUCGAAUUUCCCUUCUAGGCAUGACGGUUGGACUACCGGAUAGCGGAGUAUACUUAGAGCAUAGAAUGGCAGGUGUUCAUUCUGUAAUAAUUAAAGGUCUGAACACUGGAACCUUGGAUCUGUCUACAAAUGAGUGGGGACAUAAGGCUGGAGUGGCGGGAGAAUCCCUUCGUAUCUAUAAGCAGCAUGGGUCUCACAGGGUCGGCUGGUCCAACUCCAAGGGAUCUGAAGGCAAGCCACUUACAUGGUACAAGAGAUACUUUGAUGCUCCUCACGGAAACGAACCCGUCGCUCUAGACCUAAGCAGCAUGGGAAAAGGACAGGCUUGGGUCAAUGGUGAAAACAUCGGCCGUUACUGGGUAUCCUACCUCAGUCCUUUGGGGAAGCCUUCUCAAUCGAUGUAUCACGUCCCGAGAGCAUUCCUGAAGCCAAUCGGAAACCUUCUUGUUCUCUUUGAGGAAACUGGAGGAAACCCAGAACAGAUAACCAUUGUGACUAUAAAUAGAGAUACAAUCUGCAGCUACAUCUCUGAAUUUCACACUCCACAUGUGAAGUCAUGGGAAAGGAAGCAUGGUAAGAUUAAAGCGGUUGCAGAAAUGAUGAAACCACAUGCUCACUUGAAAUGCCCUAACCACAAGAUCAUCAAAUCAAUACAAUUUGCAAGCUUUGGUGAUCCGCUCGGUAUCUGUGGGAACUACACCAUGGGAACUUGCAAUUACCCAGGAACUAAGAGUGUUGUCGAGAAGGCUUGCUUGGGGAAGACUAGCUGCACUAUACCAGUUAUGCACGAUACGUUUGGUGGGCACACAUGCUCGGGGAUUUCCAAGACUCUUGCAGUUCAAGCAAGGUGUGGUCGGAAAAAGAAUUAGACCAUCUUAAUUAGUGGUUCAAGUGGAAAUGAUUGUUUCGCUUCAAGAGCUACAAUGGGGUGUAAUCAAUGGGAUGUAACAAUGUUGGUUGAAUGGAAAUUGAGACGCUAUCCAAGAUUCCUGAAAUAUAUGUAAUAGGUCUCAAGAUUCAUGAAAUUUCAUGGGGUGGAAGAAUUUUUUGUUGUAUAUGGUUUGAUAUGAACUAUGAAGUGCACUUUAACAUGGACAAUCAAUUCCAUAAUCAAAGAAUUUGAAUAUUUUCAUUCCCGCCUUUUAUUGGUGUAUGUGGUUUGUUGAACUGUCAAGAGCACUUUAACAUGGACAAUCAAUUCCAUAAUCGAAGAAUUUGAAUAUCACUAGCAACAUAUGUACCAGUUUGGAUGAUUCUUUAAA